AUGGCCGAGGCGACUAGCAAGAAAGAAAAAAUACCCCUAUGGCUAGACUGUGAUCCAGGACAUGAUGAUGCUUUUGCUAUCCUCUUUGCAGCCUAUCACCCUGCCCUUCAUCUUCUUGGUAUCAGUACUGGCUAUGGAAAUGCAUCAUUGGAUCGAACCACCAGCAAUGCACUGAGCAUACGAGAAGCCAUUGGCCGUCCAGAUAUUCCAGUGAUCCCUGGCACCAGAAAACCUUUCUCUCGCGAAGCUCACCAUGCACCGGAGAUUCAUGGCGAGAGUGGCCUUGAUGGGACAGACUUUCUUCCCAGCCCAACGACAAGUGCACUGAGGUGUAAUGCGAUUGUGGACAUGUAUGAGGCGUUGAUGGCCUGUCCACCCCAUACCGCUUGGUUGGUUACAACUGGCCCCUUGACGAAUGCUGCUUUACUCUUUACCACCUUUCCAAACAUGGUAGAUCACCUUGGUGGUCUCAGCAUUAUGGGCGGCGCAGUAGGAACCAAUUUCACGCAUGCAAAUCUUGGAAGGCCAUUUCGCGAUGCUUCUGGCCAAACACGAGAACGAAUUGGAAACCAUACACCAUAUGCCGAAUUCAAUAUCUGGUGUGAUCCAGAAUCUGCACAAAGUAUAUUCAGCAAUCCUCGGUUGAGCAGCAAGACUACCCUGAUCACGCUGGAUCUUACGCAUCAAGUCUUUGCUACAGAAUCUGUGCGGCAUCUAGUUCUAUACUCAACCAAGGAUGAGGACAGACAGAACAGCGGACGGUCGACCCGGUUGAGAAGGAUGUUUUAUGAGUUGCUGAUAUUCUUCGCCAGCACAUAUGCUGAUGUGUUUGGAUUAACUGAUGGUCCGCCCUUGCAUGAUCCGCUUGCUGUGGCUGUUCUGCUGGCUGAGUACGGCGAUGGGCAGACAAGGAUUGGCUUCGAUGACCGGGGAAGGGAACGAUUCAGGAUAGAAGUGGAGCUGACCGAGCCAGAGCUGGGGCGAACCAGAAUCAGUGCAGCUUCUGAAGGUGUGAGGAUCCCCAGGUCACUGGAUACCCCGAGAUUUUGGAAGAUUCUGGAAGAAUGCUUAGAGCGAGCUGAUGCGCAGGUUGGUAGGAUUCCUGUCCUCUGA